CAGGCCUUCUUUUCGAAAAAAUUACGAAAGAACCAUCUUCCCCAAUCCCUCGAUCAUGAAGCCACCCACGCCUAAUCCCAAAUCUAUACCGUCAAACAGAACCUAAAAACCUCCCAAAACCCGUACACACUGAUACAGAUGGAAGACCAACACGAACACGAUUACCAAGACCAUGGCGUGUACGGCGAAGAGAUCCCCAACGAGAUGGACGCGGACGAUCAGAAUCCGGACCAUGAACAAGAACUCGACGACCCUAAUUCUAACUCCAAGGAUUUGGAGGACAUGAAGAAGAGGUUGAAGGAGAUUGAAGAAGAAGCCGGCGCUCUUCGUGAAAUGCAGGCUAAAGUCGAGAAGGAGAUGGGAGCUGUCCAAGAUACCUCAAGUACUUCUGCAACUCAAGCUGAAAAGGAGGAAGUGGAUGCCCGCUCAAUUUAUGUUGGUAAUGUAGACUAUGCUUGUACCCCCGAGGAAGUGCAGCAGCAUUUUCAGUCCUGUGGAACUGUCAACAGGGUGACAAUUUUGACAGACAAGUUUGGUCAACCAAAAGGAUUUGCUUAUGUUGAGUUUGUUGAAGUUGAUGCUGUUCAAAAUGCUCUUCUGUUAAAUGAAACAGAACUGCAUGGUCGUCAGUUAAAGGUUUCUGCAAAGCGAACCAACAUUCCUGGUAUGAAACAGUAUCGUGGAAGGCAGCCCAACCCAUAUCUUGGUUUCCGAGGUAGGAGGCCCUUCAUGCCUGGUGUGCCUUUUACUCCAUAUGGCUAUGGAAGGGUUCCCAGAUUCAGGCGGCCAAUGAGGUACAGGCCAUACUAAUGGUGGUUUAUGAUAAUUGUCAUAUAAUUACAUUUUGAACCUAGUGGCAGGAAAACACUUGUAUCAUUAUAUUCCUGUGGCAACAGCCUACUGGCUUCCUCUCCGAUGGUUCUUCCGAUGGAUUUGUGUUCACUCUUCAAGUUCUGCACUUUCUUGCUUUGAAAAGAGAUAAAAAGAGGCAGAAAAGCAAAUGUUGUAGGGACCUUUUUUCUUUUUGGGGAAAAAAAAAAGUAUCUACGAAUUACUGGUCUCAAAUGGGUUAAUUUUUAAGUUUCUGACUAUGGAUUAGUUUAAACUUAGAAGGAAUUAAUGUGGAUCAAGUGAUGUUUUUUCCAAAUUGGUGGGCUAUUCAUGCUAUUAUAGUUCUCUGAUUUUUCAUUUAGAUAGGUCUUGUCUAUGUGUAAAGAAAUGGUCAGAAAAUUGAGUAUAAGAAAGGUUGAAAAAAGAUAAAAAAAUUCAUUCAA